AUGGAGGCAGGGGCAUUGGACGAACAGAGUCCAGUACAAGCACUGGAAGAGGCGACAAGAGAAGAGCUGAAGGCUCUCUGCCGCAUAGCUUGGCCGGUUGCCGUGGCCAACUGCCUGAUGAAUCUGCGGCUGCUGAUAUCGCUUGCCUUCCUGGGGCGCCUCGGGGGUGGUCUCGCAUUGACAACAGUGAAUGUUACCGCGCAAGCUGUGAUGUUUGGUCUGGCUCUGGCCCUGGAGCCACUUCUAGGAGGAGCGUACGGAGCAAAAGAUUUCAAAGCCAUGGGCGCGUGGCUGCAACGGAGUCUCCUCAUCCUCUGGCUGACUGGUGUGCCCAUUUCUAUUCUUUGGCUGAAUGCCGAGCCAAUCCUGAUUGCGUGCGCCCAAGACCCGGCGAUAGCCCACGUCACUGGAGCGUUCCUACGGUAUCUGUUGCCACAGGUGUUCCUCCUUGGUGCAAUCAUGCCGCUCCGCCUCUUCCUGCGGUCCCAGGAUUUCGUUGACUCCUGCGGGUUAGCGAAACGGCGGUGGUUACGUCGUAACGACGCACUGCGUGUCUGUCUGUAA